ACACAAUUAUUCCUGCUCUCCCUUACAUCAUGGCGAUGAAAGUAGCUGUGCUGUUUGUGGCAAUCAUUUACUGCGCACUUGCUGCAAAAUGUGGCCAGCGAAGGUACAGUGAUGGCAGUCCACGUAUCAUUGGGGGAACAGACGCUUUGCCUCACGAGUUUCCUUGGCAAGUGUCUCUAAUCUUUAGGUUUCCUGGUGUGGACAUCCACAACUGUGGUGCGUCUGUUGUAAAUGAGAACUGGAUCAUCACAGCUGCACAUUGCUGUGACAACCCCCACGUUUCUACAUACGUGGCACUGUUUGGGAAGGAAAACUUGGAACACCUGGAAGAAGCACAGGAAGAGAGGUAUUUUGACAAGUGGGAUGAGAGAGACUAAUCGUAGAAGGAGAAGAACAACACAAGUCUCAGAGCUGACUUGUCCCGAGGUGAGUGGGCUCACAUCUCCCUUUUUUCUCCCAUCAUCAUCAUCAUCAUCAUCAUCACCAUCAUCAUCAUCACAACAACAACUCAAUGUCUCAUACCUACUCUGAAUUAUCGCAGUGUAAGAAAAGGCACCAGCCGUGGGAUCCGAACCCACACACUCAAAUUUUUGAUUUUCUUCAUCUGUCAUCAUUCAAUUGAGCUGUAGAAUGUGACUGAAUUUAAUUCAAUUGAAUGAGACAGGGCGUUGUGAGACUUGUGCUGUAUUUGCCCUUCUACGUCAAAUUUGUGUCGCCCAUUACAACGUUACACGAGAAAGAUGUCGCAGGUCAUGAGUCUAUCCGUCUGCAUGAUGACUGGCAACAAUGUCCGAGAAAAUGUGUUGAGGGAGCUGAGUGCGUGUGCCCCUCAUUCCUAGCGUGUCGCAGUAUCUCUGACCGGCAAUCAGAGAGUGUGGGCUCGAGUUGAAACUGCUGGUGUCCCUUUUCCUCAACUGCGCCGCCAUUGAAUCGAAUAAGUACUCGACUGCUUCGAUUGCUUUCCCCUGAACUAUUGUGGAGAUAGAAACACUUAUUUAUGGCGUCUCUUGCAGAAAAACGCCGCUCAGAUAAUCCCUGAACUUCACUGGUACAAAUACAGGGUACUAAUGUUCGUGUGUUCGGACUAUAUGUUGAACCCCAUCAUUUUACCUCGUUCAGUUCUGUUUGUAUUUUCUGUGUGUAAGCGCCCUGAGGGUAGCCAGUUCGACUUCGUCGUAACUUACACCCCCACGUUUAUUUUAUUCUUUUCUUUUCUUUAUCACAUCACUAUCACCAUCGUCAAUGUUCUUGUGGGGAAUGGUUUUGUAUUUAAAUAGUCUUAGUGUUACAAAACGUAGUGGCACAGAUUCAGUGUUCCACCGCAGGCUCCGCCUUUCAUAGAACUUCACUAGCAAACACCUUAACUUACAAUUAAUGUGCCCUCGGUUUCUCCCUUGCCAUCUAUCAGGAAGUGGUUGGGCUUUCUUCAUUAAAGGGUCUGCUGUAUUACAGAACGUGUAGGUGUUGCAUAAUGUAAAACCCCGAGACUAUAGGGAACACGAAGGGACAGACACAAUACGAAGUCUCAAACACAGCUGAAAAUAUUACUUCACAUACAAGAAAUAUAUAUAUAUGUGUGUGUGUGUGUGUAUGUUAUGUGUGUGUUGUGCUUGUUGUACAGUACCAUGUGAAAUCCGUCUAGUAAAUCUCUCCCACACAGAAAUAUAUACGAAACAGGGGGAAGGGAACUCUUCCCUCUGUUGUGCUAUGCUACUCCUCUGCUGAUGCUAUUUACCCCCUUUAUAUAUAUAUAU